AUGCUCAAUCGAUCUCGGUUGUUUCAGAACACGCGAGAGGGUGAUGGCAAAAUGACCUUUCAUUACAGUGUCGCCAACAUUGUGCGUGCAGACGGAGCACAAUGCCACCCAGACGAGUGUGUUGAAGGAGCACCGCCUCCAUAUAUUCUCAUUUCAGACGCCUCCAGUAGCAGCGCCUUGGAUUCAAUGGACAAAGCAGAGCGAGAUAGAAUCCUGGCAAACCAAAGUGAAGCCAACUCGAUGAUUGAAUUCAAUCCGGCUGUCCUCGAAGGCUGGUUCGACGGCUAUCAAGUAGGAAAGAAGGAUGACAUUGUCAAUCCAUUUGGCUUUCAGAUUCGAACAACACCAACUGGAAGCAUGUUGAAGCGAACGUUUUAUGACUUUAUCCUUCACUUCGCAAAGAAUCUUCCACACGACCAGGGCAAAGGCGGCAUUGGUGUUGUUCUCUUUCUCGACUGGCAUGGAUCAAGAGAGUGUCCACAAUCGUUGAUCACAGCAUUCUUUGAGUACAAUAUUCUCUUAUUCAUUCUUCCGGCAAAGUCAAGCAUUUGGUCUCAACCUUGUGACAAUGGAAAGAAUGAGCUAACAGCAAAGGAUAUUGCAACUGUUGCCCACAAUCUUGGCCUAUUAGCCGGCAAGAGCAUGGACUAUCUUGAUGCGAAUAAAGUCUUUCGUGGUGGCUUGGAAAAGAAUUGCAUUGAACAAAAUGAUGAGCUCCGUCGGAGAGGAACCAAUGCUGUCGUUAGCAGCUUUCGAAAAACUGGACUCUACCCCAUCGACUACGGAAAUGAAGGUUGGUCACAUGCUUGCUUGUGCUUUGGCAAACUGAAUGAACUCCUCAAAGAACAGCGACGAGAAGCCGGUGAAAAGAUUCCAACAAUCAUUUGGGUAGUAAAGGCAAAGGCUAUCGACCAAAGAGAGCCAUUAUCCAAUGAAGAUGAAGACGCGCUAAAAGGAUUCCUGUCUGCUGACAACUUUCUCCUCGGCAAAGAUGGCACAGCAGAAUCGUCUCCAAUUGAGAUUCCUUUGCUGUUUCUAGCAGUUGCAAUCGGCGACAUGAUGCUUGGCAAGUACACGAUGGAAGCAACACGGGAUUUGGACCGUCCUCCUUCACCAGAAGAAGACUAUCCAUACGAAGCUGCUGCAAUGAAGCUAAUUGAGUUCGUUGCUGUAACACCCGACAACCACAUUGACACAACGUGCACGCUGUCCGAAGAAGCAAUCGCACGUGACAAGCUUCGCACGAAGCUUUCGAUAUUGAAAUUUGGCCACUCUAUUGUGCUGAGAAAGCGAGAUGACAGCAGUGGAGCAACUUUGAAUCUAACUAAGCAAUCGAAAGGAAAAUUCAUUGUGCUUGAUGGAGAGCGCCGAGAGAGUCGACAGAUGCAACAAUACACAGUUUCGCAAGUCCUUGAGGCUUGUUAUGAUGCCAGAGACGAUGAGACGUAUACCCUCACAAAACAGGACAAGCGAAAGCAACAAAAGAAAGUCAGGAUGGCACGCAAGCGCUUGAAUGAUUCACUCUAUGACGAAGCCAAGGAAGAGGCCGAUGCGAGACGCCGGAUGCUCAAUGUGCAGCAGAUUAAUGAACUCUUAGCCAACAAGCGUCCGAGGUUUGCUCAAAAAUUGACUGCUCUUUUAGAAGAAGAAGAGAUGGAUAUGGACGAUGUGUACGCCGAAUUCGAAGAGGUUGCUUUGAUGCCAUUCACCGAUACAAUCAGCAUCACAAGAGGCGAUGUGACUAAAGAUAUCACCGUGACAAGAGUUGGUACAGACGUUACUGCUGUAAGUGCAAUGAUGGAAACAACACUCAUGAAAGUGAUGGCACAAAAGCAGGCAAACGAUGGAGGCAACAAAGCAAAGAAGAAGCGACGUCGGAAACCUGGGCAAGUAACCAACCUCGGUCGCUCUGGUGUUGCCAUUGGCAUCUUGAUUCAACGAUCCAACAAGGAGGUUGAGAUGAAAUCACUCGAAAAGGAAGAAAAAGCCGCGGUUGACGCAGUAGACAAGAUGAAAGGACUCCUCAGGAGUGUCGAAGAGCUCCAGUUAGCAUUACCAAGCAGUUUUUGGAAAUGGGAUGUCGUUAAAGGAAGAAAGAGGGCAACUUUGGCAAGGCUAGUUGGUGUUUACUCAACCAAAGCUAAAGCUGAGGAAGAGACGGCACGGUUGAAGUCACUCAAAUUGACCAAGGACGCAGUGAUGGCAAGGAUUACAACGCUUCAGGAAACUAUUAAUGAAAAGGAAGGCUCCAUCGCCCCAAUCAUUGCCAAGAGACGCGAACGUGAGGACUUCCUUAACAGCACUAAGGAUUGGGCAGCAACAGACACAGUGCAACAAGAAGCAGAGGUUGCUGGCAUCAAUGCGGACGACGAUUGUGAAGAGGAUGACGAUGAGAGUGUUGCGGACGAUGGGUAA